AUGCCGACGACAGUGAUUCUCGGUGCUGGCAUCAUCGGCCUCUCAUCAGCCCACUUUCUCGCCCGCAUUGCGCCCCCCGAUCACAGAAUCCACCUCGUCGACCCUGCCCCGGAGCUGUUCUCCUCCGCAUCCGGAAAGGCCGCAGGCUUUCUCGCCAAGGACUGGUUUGCUCCCGCCGUCGCCUCCCUCGGCGCGCUCUCCUUCGACCUCCACCGCGCCCUCGCAGAAGAGCACAACGGCCGCGCGCGCUGGGGCUACUCCGAGUCCGUCUCCUACUCUCUUGACCACACCUAUCACUCCGACGACUCGCAUGCAGACGCGCCGACCCCCGCGCCCGCGUCUGUGCCCGCGAGCAGCGACCUUGGUGCCACCCCUCUCGGACAGGGAGGCCUAGACUGGCUCCUCUGUGGCGCGAGUCGCGCAACUGCUGCCACCGACGGUCCGGAUGCCGUAGAGAAAGCACCGUCCGAGAGCGCGCCCGCCUCAACCUCUCGCGAUCUCCCUCAGUGGCUGCUCGCGAACCCGGGGGCGCUCGAGGUGUUAUCCGACAGGACGUCGACCGCGCAGGUGGUCCCACGCCGCUUGUGCGAGUUCCUGCUCGAGCAGUGUCUCGCCGCCGGCGUCACUCUCCACCACCCCGCGCGCGCGACCACGCUCGUCGAGGACGAGAGCGACCCAGGCGGCGCGAGGUGGCUCCGCAUUGAGUACACCGUGCCCCCGCAGUCGGCCGCGCGCGCGGGGACCGUCGACAUCCCGUGCGAGAACAUCGUCAUCGCCGCCGGAUGCUGGACGCCGCGCGUGUACGCGACGCUCUUCCCGAACGCGAGCCGCAUGCCGCGCAUCGCGCACCUGGCGGGGUACUCGGCGACGCUCAGGACUAAGCACUGGCCGCCCCCCGCCGUGCCCGACGGCGCAGAGCGCGCUCCCGGCCCCUGCCACGCAGUGUUCACCGACGCGGCGGGGUUCGCGCCCGAGAUCUUCUCCCGCGCGAACGGGGACGUCUGGCUGGGCGGCCUCAACCCGCCGCACACCGCGCUCCCGGCGCUGCCGACCGACGCGCACGCCGACCCCGCGGAGGUGGCCCGACUGCUCGCCGUCGGGCGCGCGCUGUGCGGGGACGACGUCGAGGUGCAGGGGCACGCGCUGUGCUUCCGGCCCGUGAGCGCGACGGGGCGCCCGAUCAUCGCGCGCAUGCACGAGGCGGACCUCGGGGACGGGCUGAAGCCGCACGGACACGGGCGGUCUAAGGACGGGAGGGGCGGGGUGUUCGUCGCGACGGGCCACGGGCCGUGGGGGAUCGCGCUGAGCCUGGGCACGGGGCGGGUCGUCGCGGAGAUGGUGCUGGGCCGCGAGACGAGCGCGGACGUCGAGCAGCUGUCGCGGUGGUAA